AGUACUUACAAGUGUUCUAAUGGACGAUCAUGAAUGAUCUUUGAAGAAAUGGCUUUUUUCCCUAUGGAGGAACAGGAUACGCUUAGUUCUUCGUCAGCCUGCUUUCGUUACUGCUGCUUAUUACGCGUGUAGUUUUAGAGAUUAUAGCUUAAGUACUUGGCAAGCAAAAUGCAGUCGUGGGGUAGCAGUGGUGGCUGGCGCGGUGGCAACCAAAGGCAGGGUCCGUAUGGUAACUACCAGUAUGGCAACUCCAGUGGCAGUACGUCUUCGGGAUACGUUAUGACACACGCAUUAUUUAUAGUGUUCCGUGUCCGUUCCUUCGUGCAUGAUUUUUUCACACAAGAAUAAGAAAGUAAGUGGAAAGAUAAAGAUUAAGAAAUGAAACAACUUCAAGCUACCACCGUACUAGUUGUUGACACGCAAGAUGAUUGUGGGACGUCGAGCAGCGGGUCACUCUUCAACCAGCAAUACGUUUAUUUUCAUUUUGAUCAUGUAACACUUCUCACAUUCCCAAGAAGCACCUUAUUUAAUACUCAUCUACUAGACAGUCAUCUUCUUCCUACAACCCAGCACACUCUAAUUCAUGUGCUGGAGGAGGUGUGGGCGUGAAUCUUCAGGCUGCUCAAUUCACAACACUGCCAUGGCCACGAAAGGUAGAGUCGUUCGUUGCGCGGUUCAUGCAACUUGUUAUUGAUGCUAGACAGGAAGAUUAAGGCUCAAUUAAGUAGUUCAUUAAUGUAGUGUGAGAUAUUAAGUACCUACUUUGGAAAGCAGAAGCUGAUAGUUCUGAGUUCUAGGCUCAGACCGUUUUUUGUUUGCGGUAAGAAGAAUAUCAGCACUUUGGUCUUCCUCGGUCCAUCUCAUCAUUAAUGUGAUAAUUGUCUAAUUCAUUGAUUUCCAAGCAAGGGUCUACUUAGUCUUGCUUUACUGUUAGUUUGCUAAAACUUAACUACAAAGCCUACAUGAACAUGUUGUCUACAGUGAUGAAUUGUUUUGAGCAGCUCUAAGAAGAACUGGCGCAAGCCUUGACAAUACGAGGAGAGGAUUGGAGCAUCAAGCAGGAGCUGGCGAAAGCCCUAAAACAGCAGUCCCCAACAGCGAUAGAAAAUGCUGUCAUAGCAUACUUUAAUAUUAAGGCGAAGGUGAUGAUCUAGUUCUAGAUAAGAUGAUCUAGAUGUUUGUGAUUGUGUCAAGAAUAAGAAUAUUGAUGACAUGAUGAAGUAGUAGAACGGCGUAGCAGAACAUCUACAUUAUGAACGUUGCUGUUUCAAGAAAGUACUAGCUGUGAUAAGUUGAUGACGAUGAAUUAUCAUCUGCUUCUGGUGUCUUCUACUAUUCAUCAAUUUUUACAUACAAGAACUACUUCUAGUUCUAGAUUGUUCUUCUUCUUGUUCUUGCGAAAAAAGAAGUAUACUAGAUGCUCACUGACUUUACUGACUAAAGCACUAAGUAGUAAAGCAACCGGGGGCUAGUUUUCACCUCUAAAAUAAGUCUAAGUUUAUCCCCUGCAACAAUAUACCACUAGGUACUCACUGAAACAACUUCCACCUCUAAUAUCCGUGGAGGAGCCGCAACGUCGUUUUUUACGGAGACCGGACCCCUGGCUCGGCAUUUCGAAGAACCGACGAAAAUAAAACGAAACUUUGUGCAAUUUUUGUCGUCUUACCUGAUUAUGCUUAAGCUCUACUGCGAAGGGAUUAUGUGGGGACUCACGCCGAAAGCAAAACCAAUCAUGACGGAAAGUUUAGGUUCUUAUAAUUUGGUGUGUUCUUAUAUUAUUUUCGUUGCUUUUUUAUUAACUACAAUAUUGUGAAUGAUAAUGAUUGUUCUAAUAAAAUUCUUCGUGUCCUCUUCUACGUCAUCCACUGCUAUUCCCAUUCAAAAAGAGUAUAGUCCACCUAUAUUAUCAGAGUACCUCCAGACGUGCCUCAAAGAGUGGUCUACGAUAUAUUGUGCGACUAGAGCAGAGUAUGAGACGCAUGUGUGGAUGGUGCCAUCGUAUCAAUAUCUACUGUCGUUUUCACGCGAACAAGCUGUGAACAUAGACGCACAUUUCAACACCGCGGAUAACGAAAACGUCAAUAAAUUGGUACUACUUGAUUUUUCAAGAAGUAACUACUUGUUAUUGUUGUUGUGUUAACAUCAACACGUGAAUUAUCGGUACACUAAGUAUUAAGUACUUAUUUUUCAGAUUUUUUUUUCGUAUCAGAAUGGAAAAGGAAAAGCCACCAAUCGCUUAUAGUUGUAUCCGUCUCGUACUUGAAUCUGAUCUGCAUAACCCACAGCACGACAAGAACUUUCAACUUCUACUUUAAAAGACAAAUAUGAAAUCUUUUCUUUUUCAACUUUCACUCGACUUAAGGUGGAAACACUGCGUAAAGUAUUCGCAGAGAUGGUUCGAGAGCGGCAAAAGCGUGCUGGGUUUCUGGCCACAACUACGGAGCUCGUCCGAUGUUGUCUCUCGAUGUUUCAGAUUACUCUAGUGGAAAAUGUUCUAAAGAAUGUACAGCAAGCGGCCGCAGCAGGAGGCGCAGGAGUUCCAGGUGGUGGAGGCGCCUUUGGCGGUAAUCGAAAAGGCCUUCCAGGUUUUCCAACAGUGGGAGUUCCACCGAGUGUCUCAGUCACGUUAGCCUACUACUGGGGAGUUGUUCUGGUAUUUUUACACGUCGUGGUACGUUACAGUACGUAGUUUUAGUUAUGUGCAAGAUGAAUAAUAAGCUGCAGAACGACAAGUGUUGAGCUUUAUUAAAGUUAUAGGAAACACCUUUUGUUAGGCACAUUCAUUUAUUCAUUCAUUCAUUCAUAAAGCUGACUUCGCGUGAGCGGGCAUACUCAAUGAGGCAUGACGAGUAGUGACACGGUUAGGUCCGCCAGGCUCGGGCUACCGCGCAUCGCCACUUGAUUGAUUGAUACUUGCAGAGUCAACACAGAGGACAUCAACAUGAUAUUAUUACUAAGUAAUCAAGGGGAACAACGCUCUAUACUAGUAAUAAUGUCCACCACGACUUCCACGAGCAGCACGACAUAUUACACCAGGUUCAAUCAGCCAAGUAUUCCGAAGCGGAAGGGAAAAUAGCUUGGGGCUACUCGCAGCUGGUGAAGAGCGGCUCGGGAUCGUUCUUUGGGGGAGGAUCUUCCUCUUCCGGCAAUGGGGAACAACAUCUGAAACACCGCAGACAGAUGCUUUUUUUUUUGAUACCACUGCGCAUUCGCCAGGGAGAAUUACCGAAGCGGGAGUUGUUGAAGAUGUACGAUCUGGAGUCCACUUAUGGCAAGAUUGUGGAAGCUAUACGAAGUGGAGACUUGGUUGCCUACGAGCAAGCGGCGAAGGAACAGACACUCAUAUUUGUCAAACUUGGUACGAUCUGUACUAUUCCUUGUCGUCAUCUUAGAUGAAAUAAAUAAUAUGAGAAGUACCUAGGAGAAAGAUAUGAUCGGCAGCCGAGUACAUUUACUUGGUUCUUCAGAGCAUUGCAGCAACACACAUCAGAGUCAUACAUGACAGGAGCAUCUUCAUCAAUCAAUCAAUCAAUCAAUCGAACGUCUCUCCUUUUUACCACAGGCAUUGUCAAUUUGAUGUCGCAAGUGAAGCACAUAGUGACUCGCCAGUUUUUGCGGAAAAUCGUGGAGAAUUAUAUCGCCGAGCUCGACGCCACAACUUCUGAGAGGGCUAAAUCUGUCAAGCUAUCCUUGGGUGUGGUUGCGAAGUUAAGAAAAAUGGAUGCUUAGUGUUCUUUGUGUUAUAGUGUAGGCCUACUUCUGUAGUUGUAUAACUAGUACGAGUUACUACACGUUCCAACAAGACGGAGAACCACAACAGCUAAAUAUCAACAGGAUACGAUGACGAUAGUUCUCUGAUGAAGUUUCUCGUCUAGUACUGUUUUCUGUUGUACAACAUUCCAUCUACGUACUUCUCAACCUCAGUAGUUCACUAACACCAACUAUUUAAUCUAAAAGCAAUUUUACUACUACGUGUACAAGUACAUCAAACAACCCAUCUUCUUUUUUUUGUCCUAGACCCAACUCGUCUAAUUUCAGCCUUUAUGUCCUUAGCACCACACUUUUCGGCAACGGAUGUGGAAGAUGCCAUCGCGCAGCAAAUCGCAUAUGGUGGGAUCAAGGGGUACCUCUCCGUCCAUCAUGGUAAACUCGUCGUGCCACGGACGGCGGCGUUUCCGUCUAUCCCCGAUUUUUCAGAUGCUUUGGAGCAGAAUAAUAAUUAAUUCAUCUUCUGAAGCAGCUGUUUAUUUUCAGCUUCAGGUAGCAGAACAAGCAUGGUCGUGUGCUGGAGGCUUGCUUGAGCUUUGUUGAUGGAGCUCACACCAGUAAUAAGGAAAAUUUAUGCUCUCGCUCCGUCUUCUAUUGUUCUUGAGACAGUAUUCCCUCAUAGCCACAGUAGGUGUUGUACAACGGUCGUGCAGGAGGUACUAUCCUUCUUGUUGCUUCCCGAGGCCUCUGCUCUUAAUGCCCCACCGAGUGACUACAGCAACUACCGUAUUUCGCUUCCAUAAACGAGCAAAUCUUCCAAAUUCUCAACGCUUGUCCUUGGUGUCCUAGAAGUUGCCGUGUGCUCUUGAAGGUUACAAUAUUCUCCGAUGAAGAUCUGACACACCGAGGAUGAAGUUCUGAUGCAGAUGAAGCACAAGUUCUACUGAUGCAGAAGAAGCACUGUACUUGUUUUUAUCUAUUCGAAAACUCAAAAUAACCGAGUUACUGACUGAAAUAAGGGAGGCGCUAGCUUAUAGCGUCAAGGCUACCUUUCCUUCUCAUCAGUAUCGCGGCUAUAUAUUCU